UGCAUUUUCACCGACAGCUGAAGCUUUUCAAAAGCUUCUAAAAGUUAUUUAUCUCCAUGUUUUCAUACGAGGGAAUCGGGAUUUCACUAUAAGAAUGAAUGGUAAAGUUAUUGGAACGGGUCCAUACCGGGCAACCAAGCUGUGGAAUGAAACCAUUAAACUGUUCCGUGGAGGCUUGCCGCUGAGAAGGCACUGGGCGAACUUCCGCUCCUAUGAUUGCAGUUUCACAGGAGCUGAGGCUGUCGAUUAUCUGCACGAUCUGCUGAGGCGCAAUUACAACUUUGGGCCCGAAGUGACUCGUUACCAGACUCUGCAGCUGCUCAGGAAGUUCCUCAAGGCUCAUGUAAUCGAAGACAUCAAAGGACGCCACGGGACAGAGGACUUUGAAGACAAUGGCCAUCUGUACAGGUUCCCCCCACUGUCUCCCCUGAAAUCCUUCCCAACAAAGCCUCUGUUUAGAGACUGCGGUGACCUUCCCAGACUCAUUCGUUGGGAUGACUACGAAGAAUUACCUCAGCGGGAAAACAUAGCACCACUGAAGUCUUCUGUCAUGACCUCAGAUCUGUGGAAUAAGAGGCACAGUGUUGCUAUUGGGGAUGUGAAUGAGUGCAAGCUCAUACGAAGGAAGGAGAUAACUACGAAGCAAGUGGACCACAUCUGGAAAUCAAUGACAGCUGAGCAUUUACAGAGAGUGUUGGGCCUAAAGUCACUGGAUGGCGUUUUAAACCCUACGCAUGUGAACGGCAAGCACAUCGUUCACAACGUGUUCAGCGUGAAUAAGACGGGCAUAGUCGUACUGGAGAACAAAGCAGAGGACAUGCCAUAUUGGGUGGUAUCAGCAAUGAAAUGCCUCGCCAAUUGGCCUAAUGGCAAUGGAAGCAAACAGCCGGCGUAUCCUGGUUUUGAGAGGGAUGUUCUGAAAACAGUAGCAGAUUACUUCCAGAGGCUCAAAGAACCACUGCUGACUUACCAUCUCUACGAAGUCUUUGUCAACAUUCUCAGUCUGCAGCAGCAGCAGGAGGUGGCGACUGAAGCUCUGCAGCUCAGCACCCUCCUACUGCCCCCCCCCAACAGAAGACGCCUCCAUCUUCUCCUGCGGCUCAUGGCCCGGGUGUGCCAGAAUCCCCACCUGCCCCCCCUCAAUGACGCCAUCGCCACCCGCACACUG